UAGAAACUGGGAUAACAUUUAUUACUUCUGAAUCUAUUCAGUUUGGUUAUAAAUUAAUCAUCAAUUACCAGCAUUUCCUGAACCAUGAACAACCAAAAACUUGUGACCGAUGAAUUAAAUCAGUUGCAAAAGGAAAUCAUUGCAAAAAACCCCGUUGACGUGUUGCAGUUCUGUGCUAACUAUUUCAACUCCAAGUUGGAAUUACAAAGAUCUUACUUAUGGCAGCAACAGGCUAGGGCGAAGGCAGCAGGCCUCAAUUUGUUUCCAAACAUUGAUAACGUCAGUUUAAUGAGUAACAGUCAUGUUAAUGGCAGACAGCCAAGUUUCAAAUCUCCUUUCAACGCUAACGAGAAUGACCCUCACCAAUUAUUUAAAGAUGAUUAUAGUGCCAAUCAUUCCACCAAUGAAAACCACUUACCUGAAUUGGAUCCAAAUGACCCUUCGCCUGCAUUCACAGACCCCAAUGACCCCAAUGCCCCAUUGCCUGCCGAUCUCGAAGAAAGUAGAGAUAAACCAAGGCCUUUAACCAACACCAAGAUCCCAAUUAAGUUUAACGUUAACAGAAGAACAUCUGUUUCUGCAGAAGCCCUUAAUCCCGACAAGUUCAAGACAGACAGCUGGAAACCCCCAACCAAUAAUUUGACUGAAUCCCAAAAGACUGAAUUGGGUAAGACCUUACAUUCCAACUUUUUAUUCCAAAAAUUGGAUAGUACUUCCAAAAAGACGGUUUUAUCGGCAUUAACUAAGAAGACCUAUAAGAAGGGUGACGAGAUCAUCACACAAGGUGAUGAAGGAGACUAUUUCUAUAUAAUUGAAAGUGGUACUGUCGAAUUUUAUGUGGACAAUAUUGAAAGAGGUACGAGCAAAGAAGGGUCAUCGUUUGGAGAAUUGGCCUUGAUGCACAACUCUCCGAGAGCUGCAACCGUUAUAGCUGCUCUGGAUGAUGUCACUUGCUGGGCUUUGGACAGAUUAACAUUCAGAAGAAUCUUAUUGGAAGGUACUUUUAAUAAGAGAUUGAUGUAUGAAAACUUCUUGAAAGAAGUCAAAAUUUUGUCUGGUUUAUCUACUCAAGAAAUCUCAAAGUUGGCUGAUGCUUUGACUACGGAAAUUUAUCACCAGGGCGAUAAGAUCGUCACUGAAGGUGAAAGUGGAGAAAACUUCUACUUCAUCGAAAGUGGAAACUGUGAAGUGUUUAAAUCCGAUCAAGGACGGGUGACAGAGUUGUCCAAAGGUGAUUACUUUGGUGAAGUUGCUUUGUUGAAUAACUUACCAAGACAAGCUACUGUUCAAGCAGUUGAUACGGUGAUAGUGGCUACCUUAGAUAAAUCCGGAUUCCAAAGAUUAUUGGGCCCGGCUGUCGAUGUUUUGAAGAGCAAUGAUCCAACCCAUCAUUGAUGUACAAGAGGUUACGUUUUGUUACUGCUUUUUUUCUAUAUUAGUUAGGAACCAACAAUUAUCAUUUUGCGAUUAGAAUACUGUUUCUGCCCAACUUCUGAUUUCGCG